AUGAAUGAGAAAGCUGUUGAAGACACGCGUAGGUGUUAUGACGAGACGGUGGAGGAUAGAAGCAAAAAUCCAAUGGGGCUCAGGACAAUUAUUAAUACAUCAGCAGAACCGAUGGAUAGUGGACAGAUGCAUGGUAUGAAACAUGACUGUGAUAAUGAGGAUACCGACGUGGGUAGCGAUCACAUCACGGCUUCACUGCUCUUAAAUCGCAGCAUGUCUUCUCCAGAAGUCAAAGAUAAUGCUAUUUCUCAAAAUGCAAAUACCGAUGUGAUGCAACUUGCUGACACUCAAGAAGAUGUGCCUUCAGAUCCUUUUGUAUUUUCAGUCCAUCAGUUAGAAGGAAAUAAGGUUCGUACAACAAAUGGGAUGAGCCCAUCUUUGGCUGCACAACAGUUAUUGAUAGAACGUCCUUGUGAUUCCAGUGUAUGCCCUCAUGAUCCUGAACCUUCUACCUCAAAAGAAGAUUUAUUAUCGAAAAAUAUUGAUAAUAAAGAGAAGAAUUCUAUGUCUGAUUCGACAAAUGGAAAAUGUAAUCUUAAUUUAAAUAAUCUAGGAAACUCUGACCGGAAAAUUGAAAAUGACCUACGCAGGAUUGCAGAACCUGAUGAGGAUAAAGAGUAUCAGCUUUCUGUUCGUGUGCCUUAUGAGAACAGUACUGAAUACAUGGGAAAGACAGCUUUGUGUCAAGAGAUAUCUCCAGAUAUUCACAAACAAGAAGUUUCUGAAACUGAUAUUCGUAGCGAACGUCGACGAGAAAUUAUUGGCACUGCUCCAUUGUCACCUAAUCAUUAUGGGUCUAUUUUGGUUUCAGCGGUUCCACCGUCAUUUCAAAUUAAUAAGCGAUCGGAGGUUCCUGGAUCAUGCAAAACUGUAUCAGAAACUAAUGCUAGAAGAAUGAUCAUAGCGCCAGAACGUAAAUUUUCUGUAGAUUUGAAGGAAUUACAGCAGAAGAAAAGGAAAAUUGAGGAAGAACAGUUGUCUUCCUCAAAUUUGAAUGUUUCGUCGUUAUCAAGUAGAGCAGUAGAAGAUCAACUGCAAGUACCUAAUGAGCAAGUGCUGAAUAGAGCUCUUGAUCUUUUGCGUAAACCAGUGCAAGAUAAUGUUAAUGAACCGAAAAAUGUACCUAAACGAAACUAUUCAAAGAAAGUCGGCUCAAAUAUGAUCGGUGAAAACAAAGAUAGCUUAUGCAGAAAAGUUCUGCAAGAAAAAAUUGGGAAAUUGCGGGACAAAAAUGGGCUCGCUUUAAGCGUACCACAUCUUGAACGUGCUCAUCUAAGUCAGUUGGUUAAUUUACUGCAACGCUUCAAAACUCAUUUGGCUACUGAAAAUUUCAUAUCAAAAGAUAUAUCAAGUCAUGUGUUCAGUGAUAGUACAACUAUGAGUGUCGCGAAGCCACAAGUCGCUAAAAAUACAAGAGCUGAAAAAUCAGAGCGACAGUUGAUCAAAUAUAUCUUAGAUGCAGAUGCUACUGAAUCCGAGAAUAGCGAUGAAGAAACUGAAGGACAGCUACCUUCAACUUCAAGUGCCUACCUUCCACACAAGAAUGUAUCAUCUGAUGCGUAUUACAGUGAGCGGGUCCGAUUAGGUGCUUUAGAUGCAACAGCUCUUUGCAUGGAAGAAGAUUGCGAGGAAAAAAUGAUUACUAUCUACCGUCAGCUGGAUCAUAUUAAGAACCAAAAAAAAUCGCUACAUACAUGGUCUGUAAAUGAUGGUUGUGCUAGAUGUAUGCCAUUCGAUGGUAGCAGAAGGCGAAUUCUCAAAAGAAGAAGGCUUGAUGAAGCAGAAGGAAAAAAUUGCAUGAGGAAUGAGAUAUCGACUACGUUGGACACUGUGGGACGUUUACAAGCGUAUGCAACUGUAGAUGAUCGACAUGUUACCUUAGGAAAAUUUAUUAACAUAUUUUCUGUGUACUUCAAGAAAGCUGCAUUCCGUUGCAGCAUAUUAAUUAUCGUUCACAUUGCUGUUAUAAUUUUUGUAGAAAUCCCUGUGGAAAGAAGAGCUGAAACUUACUGCCGCCGUAAAUCGACCCGUCCUGCAAUACAUUUACAUAAAAGUUUUAAUCGUUCUCCUUGGACUACAUAUCUCGAAGAUAGAAAGGUAGCUGUUAAAGAAGCAGUGAUUGUUGAUGAUCGGCAAGCAAGAAGGAAACGAGAGAAAAGUGAAAGUGAAGAAAGUUAUGAUGAUGAUGAAGAUUACCGUCCAUCAUCAACUUUUUCUCGGCGAGACUCAUGUUUUAGCAUUUGCUCACAUUAUAAUAUCGAAGAUCGAUUUUCUGAGUUUGUUUCUGGUCUUCCGUAA